CUCAGACGACAAAACACUUAGAGAUAUAAAUGUUGUUCCCUUAGUUGUUCUACAAAGUACAAUAUUUGAAGAAUCAAGAUGGAGAACCUUGUGAUCAGUCUCAUUUUCCUUUGUGUCAGAGAUGGAACCCUCUUCUGCAAAGGAGCAGAAUUUAUUAAUCUGCCUCCUGUUAUAACAUCAGAGUUUAAACCGGAGUAUUUUGUACCGAUCUUUCAUUCUACUCCAUUAUCCUUGUUUUGCGAAGCCAAGAACAACGUACUCAGGUAUCAGUGGCAUAAAAAUUAUUCAAAGAUUGUGGAAAAUGAUCGAGUUUCCUGUAAUCCGUCAACUGGUAAAAUCGUUUUCAGAAAUUUAGAAAAAGAGGACUUUGGUGUUUAUUAUUGUACGGCAGAAAAUACGUUUGGAAUUUCAGUCUCACUGCUUUUUCAAUUAUCGGAAGCAGAUCUUGAACAAUUUUCUGCAGUAUCGAACGUGCAAGAAACAUGCAGGGAAUAUCAUCAUUGCAAACUUUCCUGUCUCAAUCAACCACGGUGUCAACCUAAAACGGAAUGUAUGAUAAAAUGGAAUCUUGGAUCUGGAACCUCAAAAGGUGUAUUGUAUAGCGAAUCUGUAGCCUUGGAUCGUGAAGGAAAUCUUCAUUUUCUGAACAUAAGAAAAUCUGACGCGUAUAAAAAUUACACUUGUGGAAUUUGGAAUGAAAGAAUGAAUGUAUUAAAAAUGAUCAGCAAUACAUAUCUCCAGAUAAAUGGCUACCAUUUUGUAUCUUACGUAUCUUUUGCAGAGUCUUCAAAAGGAAUUUUCCCAGAGGCAGUUUAUCAAAGUGGCGACAAAUCUUUCGUUGGAGAAAAUGCUACCCUUGUCUGUAUUUUUUCUGGAAACCCUGUUCCAAAAAUUGCAUGGCAGAACAAAAACGGAACCUAUAUAACAACAAACGACAAAUACAUCGUGGGUCAAUAUGGACGACUGCUUCAAAUCAUAAACGUAACAUUUGCUGAUGAGGGUGUCUAUGAAUGUAAAACCAACAGCAACCUUCUUCAAAAUCCAUUCCUCAAUGUCACAUCCCCUCCGCUUUUUCCUGAUGUCGGUAAGCGUUACAUGACAAAAAUACUUCAGAUUUCGACAAAAGAGUCCACUGUUAUCCAAUGCAACGCAAUGUCCGCAACAGCCGAAAUCGAUCCCAUUGUAAUUAAUUGGAUGAAAAAUGGAGAGAUUUUGAACGAAGAUGAUAGAUACCAGCUUUCAGGGGACAAAAAGACUCUUCAUAUUUACAACGAGAAUUCAGACGACAGUGGUUGUUACACAUGUGUGAUAGAAAAUAGUGAAGGAAUUGCAGUAGCAAAUUUUUUACUCCCUUAUGCUUCCUCCGAUGGUCAUCUGUCCAGUAAGUAA